UACUGCCCGGAAUCCUCACCAGAAGAAGCGGCUUUAGCAGACAGGACCAGGUGUACUUCUAUCUACCCAUUCUCAUUAAAGACAGCGGCGAGCCGGCACUAAGCAGCACAAACACACUCACCAUCAUGGUGUGCGACUGCUAUCCAGAUGGAAUUUGCAAAUCCAGUGGCGUCGAGGCCUUUGCUCUCUCCGUCGGUCUCAGUCCUGCCGCCUUUAUUGUGCUGCUCACGUGCUUCAUUUUACUGCUGGUCACAGUCUUUCUUUUAAUGGCUUUAAAACUACAUAAGAAGAUGGUCAGGUCCAAGAAAUGGGAAGACGUCACCGAGAAUGUGGGACGAUAUGACGAUGAAGGAGGUGGGGAAGAGGACACAAACGCUUUUGAUGUGGUUACUUUAAGGUCUCAUACCGCAAGAAGAGAACGUAACUCACUAAAAGAAAAGAAGGCCAAAAUUCGGAUGUCUAUACGGCAGUCGCUGAACAUUGGACCAGAUGAUGAUGUUUUCAGGGAAUUUAUUUUGGAUAGACUUUAUGAGGCAGACACUGAUCCCUGUGUGCCGCCAUAUGACUGUUUACAUAUCUAUGCUUUUGAAGGAGAAAAUUCCAUAGCUGGAUCCUUAAGUUCUUUGGAAUCUUUGACAUCUUUCUCUGAUAAAAACAAAGAAUAACACAGAGCUGUGUCAUCAGUUAAUUAGAAAAAUAAUUGGGAGAAUAAGAAAAAAGAAAAAAAAAAACCACUGUUCUGGGAUAUGAAAGCAAAAUAUACCA